ACGCGCAGAAGAAGACGCUCCCCGAUACGUCAUUUCCGGUUUAGAGAAGAGCCACUGGACAACAACAGAAAUGGAAGGAAAAAACAAUGUAGAUGAGCUAGACGCUCGCCUUCAACUGCUCGAGAAACGCGUUUAUGGCGAAAGAGGAGGAGGAAGAACCAAUAAACCAGUGAAGUGUGCUGAAUCCCUCACAAGGAUCAGUGCUGCUCUGGCAAACACCGCAAACAAGAGAGAACGAGUCAAGAUCCUUCACAAGAAGAUUGAAGAUUUGCUGAAGUAUUUGGACCCCCAGUUCACAGACUUCAUUUGUGUGCCAGAUGCAAUGAAACUAGAGUUCAUUCUGGCAGAGGAGGAGUUUCUGCGAUCUCAGGCCACGUUACUGGAGCAGGUGCACAAUCUGCAGCCUCUUCUGGACAGCAGCCACAUCAAAGCGGUCCCAGAGCUGACCACUAAAGUGCAGCGAUUGUCACAGAUUCACAUUCAACAGCAGGACCAGAAUGAAGAGUUGUCUGCUGAAGUGAAGAAGCUGUUUGAAGAAUACAACAAAAUGAUGUUUCUCUUAUCGAAGCAGUUUUCACAGUGGGAUGAAACUCUCCGCAAGCUGGAAGGACCCAAACAAGGCCAGCAGAUGGACUAAUGCUUAGAUGUGCAGAUAUGAUUAAUAGAACAGCACUGUCAUUCCUAAACACACCUUGUUUAUUAGUAAGUGUUGUUUAAGGUCUUCGAUCUAGCAUAUAUCAUAAUUUUGAGUCAUGAUGUACCAAUGUGGUCAAUAUUAUAAGUAAUUAAAUGCUCAUUACAUUUGUGUACAUUAACAUUUCUCUGCCUGGAAAAUGUAUUCCAACCUUUCAGUAAACUCUUUGAUUUCGAUUUAAUUUAUUCCAGCAAGGAAUGAUUUGUGUAUGAACUUGUUUUUUUUUAACACCUUUAGAAAAGUUUCACUACCAGAAAUAAUCAUAAAUAAAAGAAAGUGCCGCUGUA